AUGACCUCCACCAGUUGUUCUAAGCAUUCUUUUCUUUCUUCUUAUACUCUCAGAACACGAACAGUGUCUGAAGAGUGGUCAUCCAGUGGUGACUCAAAAGAUGAUGAGGAACGAGAGAGACGGUCACCUCGAGAAAAGGAUGGGAAAGACAAAGACAAGGACAGUGAUGCUGAGAUUAUCCGUGUCUUUGAUGGCAAUAACACAAUGAAACGACGAUUGUAUAGGACAAUUUCAGUGAAUAAAAAUGCUCCUGCACAAGUCAUCCUGGAGGCAGCCCUUAAAACAUUCCACAUAUCUGAUGAUCCCAAAAAUUACUAUGUAACUGAGGCCUCAGAGUAUGGUGAGAAAGAACUUGAUGAAAAUAGCCCAUUUAGACUUCAGCUGAGAACUCCAGACGGAAAGCGACCGUCCAUAUUUCUCCGUUACAAAGACAAAGACCCAGAAAAGGGAUACAUUAAAGUAUACUCAGGGGGUUUAAAAGUGUCUGUAGGAAGCAAGUUUGUUCCUAUAAACAAAGAUACAACAACAGACAUGGUGAUAAGGACAGCUCUUAGGAAAUUUGGUUUAGAGAAAAACCCUGAAAAAUAUAAUUUAGUUGAAGUUUUGCUUGACAAAGGAGUAGCAGAGAGAAUGCUAGAUCGAGAAGAACGUCCUUGGGAACUUAUUCAGCAAGCCCGUAAAGAUUCCCUUCGGCAAAAUCGGAUGACUCGAUUCUACAUUCAACAAAUUGAAGACCCCCAUGGACCUAGUAUUUCCUUGUUUGUUGGUAAUUUACCAAGCAGUCUGUCUCAACGCCAAUAUGAGAAAAUUCUUCUUGACAUCAUCGGCCCACAAAACAAGUGGCAUUCAUUUGAUGUGAUCUACUAUGAAUAUGGUGCCCUGGUUCUCAUUUAUAACACAGCAGAGAAAGCUAGCCGUUCAUUCCACAUCUUAAGGGAUACAGUCUUUGAUGAUAAACAGUUGUUGGCAAUGUUACUGCCAAAUAUUCAGCCACAUAUGAUCCCUGAUAAUGGAGUGCAGCCAUUAUUAGUAUUUGUCAAUGUGAAGAGUGGUGGUUGUCAAGGGACAGAACUCAUCACUUCUUUCCGUAAACUUCUGAACCCACAUCAGGUCUUUAACUUGGAAGCGGGUGGCCCUCUACCUGGAUUGUAUGUUUUCCGAAAUGUAUCCUAUUAUAAAAUCUUAGUUUGUGGUGGAGAUGGUACUGUUGGCUGGGUUCUUUCUUGCUUAGAUAAUGUAUGCCAAGAUGCUGUGUGUCAGUCUCCACCAUUAGCCAUCAUUCCUUUGGGAACGGGAAAUGAUUUAGCUCGAGUUUUACGUUGGGGGCCUGGUUAUACAGGGGGUGAAGAUCCCCUCAAUUUAUUAAGAGAUGUUAUAGAUGCUGAGGAAAUCAAGCUAGACAGGUGGACUGUAAUUUUUCACCCCAAUGAAAAAGAAAUGCCUGAUGAAACGAAAGUGGCAAUAGCAAAUGAUACUAAUUCUGCUAACACUAAUGAAGACAAUACGACAAUGUUUGUGAUGAACAAUUAUUUCGGCAUUGGUAUAGAUGCCGACCUCUGCUUAGACUUUCACAUGGCACGUGAAGAGAAACCUGACAAAUUCAAUAGUCGUCUACAUAAUAAAGGAGUUUAUUUCAAGAUGGGUCUUCGGAAAAUGGUAAAUAAGAAAGCAUGCAAAGACUUGCAUCGUUGCAUCAAAUUAGAAGUGGACGGCAAACUGAUCGACCUCCCACAAGUGGAGGGCAUUAUCAUUUUGAACAUUCUUAGUUGGGGCUCUGGGGCCAACCCAUGGGGUCCAGAAAAAGAGGACUCAUUUAACAAGCCUACACACUAUGAUGGUAUGCUGGAAGUAGUGGGUGUCACAGGUGUGGUGCAUAUGGGCCAGAUACAGAGUGGACUACGCAAUGGCAUCAGGAUUGCUCAGGGUGGACAUUUACGAAUCACACUUUUAACAGAUCUACCUGUACAGGUUGAUGGGGAACCUUGGAUUCAGCCGGCUGGACAAGUUAUGGUACUACGUUCAGCUCUUAAGGCUACAAUGUUGAAGAAAAUAUUUUCUUCCCAGAUAAUGAACAGGCGAAAACAACCCAGUCUCCUAAUGAGGAGAACAGACCACUUUAACAGAGUUAGUGUACACCCUGACUGCCAAUUCCUGUCGCCAUUUGUGUUCUACUCUUUGAAGGACCGUCAAUACCACCUGUUAUCUUUUUCCUGCUACACAGUGUCCCAUAAUUCUGCACCUAAACUGCAUUCUAAUCUUCUACCUAAGUGA